CCCAUCUUCAGCAUUCGUAGUCAUUCAUCCUACGCGGCCUGCAGUCGGAAACAGACGUACGUACAACCAUGUCCGUGGUCAUUGAGCAGGGCAUCGUAAAAGCUACUGUUCCAAGUACAGCAGUUCCUGACGUCGACUUUGGAACGUUUUUCGCUGGAGUGUGCGGCAGAUAUCCUGAUAAGCCUGCAUUGGUGGACUCCAAGACAGAUGCCAUAUAUACCUUUCGGGAGUUGCUCGAUAACUGUCGCCAAGUAGCUGCUGGACUGCAAAGGCUUGGCGUGCGCACAGGAGACGUGGUCGCAGUCCAUUGUGCCAAUGGGACAGAGUUCGUUGUGGCGCUGUGUGGGGCAUUCUUCGCUGGUGCCAUUGCUCUACUCGUCAAAACAAACGUCACUGAAGGGGAGAUACAGUACCAAUUUCAAGAUGUUCGGCCGAUGCUGCUCAUCUGUGACAACGAACACAUCGACAAAUUCAAGAAGGUGCGCCCAGCCAUUCCGCCCCUCAAGGUAACAUCAGUGCUGCUGUAUCCGACACUUAUGCUGAAGCUAAACCAGCAGCCGCUUCUUGGCCAAUUCGAUGUGAGCAGCCUCAGGAAAAUGAUGGUGGUGGGCGGAACGGUAACCGGUCAUCUCUUGCAGAGCGUUACGAAGAAGCUGAACCUGAGCGGAAUAGCAAAAGGUUACGGUAUGACAGAAGUAGCAGGUGCUAUCACAUUCUCUACACCACAACUCAGUGACACCAAGACAGUAGGAAAGCCAGUAGCCUUCGUGGAAAUUAAGGUUGUGGACCCGGAAACACGAAAAAUCCUAGGGCCACUUCAGCAAGGGGAGAUUUGUGUCAGGGGUCCGAGCACUUUCAAGGGAUACUUUGGGCGUCCCAAAGAAACGGCGGACACGUACGAGGACGACUUCGUAAAAACAGGUGACACUGGAUACUACACAGCGGAGGGUCUCUUCUACGUGUGCGGCCGAAUCAAAGAACUGAUCAAAUGCAUGGACCAGCAGGUGGCGCCAGCUGAGUUGGAAGAUUUGCUCGCUGCCGAUGCUGGGGUGCGGCAUGUGGUCGUCGCAGGAGUGCCGCACCCAAAGUUCGGAGAAGCCGCCCGCGCAUUCGUGGUCCCUUCACAAAGUCUACAAGGUCCCUCUGAAGAGCACCAGGAGGCGAACAGGCUGAAGGAACUUGUGGCUGCGAGUCUUGCUUACCACAAGCACUUGCACGGAGGAGUGGAGUUCAUGGAGCAUAUACCCGACACUGCAAGCGGCAAAAACGUUCGCAUGGCUGUGACGGAGUCCUACAUGCAGCGAAUGAAUCUUCAAUAAAUUCCAGAUAUCAUGCACUGGCUACAAGUCCCCCACGCGAUACCUUAAAAAUAGUCCACAAUACUUUACGACCUCUUCCGAACUUUGAACAGAAAUAUCCCGAAGGAUUGAGAGCAGUGUUAAUUAAUAAAUACAACAACUUUG